UUAUUUCAAAGAAUAUUGAAUAUUGUUUCGGAUAAUAUUGCAUAAUUACAUUGAAUCACAGACUUUACUCUUUAGGUACCCAUGAAAACAAACUAAACACCACGAGUCGGUGAUAUUUAGAAGCUCAAUGAUAUCACUUUUCAUCACAUACGUGUUUCUUCGUUUACUUUUAGCUCGCUCUUUUCAGACUUCUAGUAUUUCCUCUCCUAGUUUCUUAAAGUUACAGGAUAAUGUUGGGCAUUUUGUUUCAAUGUUCAAAUUCUGUUAAAAUAAAGGAAUUCAUCCUAAAACACUUCUUAAUCAUCACUGAGGUUAUAGCUGUAGUAUUAGCGUUUGCUUGGCCGCUUCCCGGAUCCAAACUGUCCAACUCAACUGUCUCUCUUUGCAUUGUGGCUGUCAUAUUUUUCUUUACUGGACUAAAGCUGAAGACAGAUGAACUAAAAUCAGUCUACAGGGCAGUUGAUGUUGUCAUCAUUUGUUGUGUUACUUCACUGGUUAUUACAACACUCAUUCCAGGAUACAUCGUUCAUCAGUUGCCAUUUGAUAAGAAAGAUGGUUCAAGCAACGGAACCUUUACAUUUGGUCCAGAUGAACUGAAACUUGGGAUAAUUCUCUUUAACUGUGCUCCCGCCACUAUCGCUACUGGUAUAAUCAUGGUAACGGGAGCUGAAGGUGACGUGGCUGUAGCAGUGGCUGUCUCCACUAUCACAAACCUUGCUGGCUGUUUCCUUACUCCUCUUCUCUUCUCACUCUUCGUAGACGCAGAGGCCAUGAAAGCAGACAGUACGAAACUGGUGAUGAAACUGGGAUUGUCACUGAUACUACCACUUUUUGUAGGUAAAGUAGUGUCCGUGGUGUUCGCUCGUGUGAGAGAGGUCGUUAAAGUCCACAAAAGGAAAAUAGGUUUAGUUCAAAGUAUGGGAAUCGUCAUCAUAUUGUGGAUUAAACUUAGCACCAGCAUCAAGAAAGGAACUUUUGAAUUGAUAGCGUUGACUGACAUCCUUAUACUCAUUGGAAUAAUCAUAGCAUGUCAUCUUCUUCUCUUGCUCCUCAAUUUCCUUGUCUCGGUUUCCUUCUGUUUUAAGAGGAUACACCUGUCAGUAAUGCUAUUACUCUGCUCACAAAAGACUUUAGUGCUCACAGCUGCUAUAGCGUCAGCGCUUCCUGACAAAAUAGGAGACCCAGCCCUGAUACUGCUGCCCUGUUUUAUUGCUCAUCCUCUACAAAUGUUGAUAGACUCCUUCCUAAUUCAACCUCUUAAAAAAUCUCUCCAUUUCCCUCUCUGUGUACCUGGCUUUUGUGCGAAAUGUCGCAGUUCUGAAAGAGAUGAAACGGACAAGACAGAGAACAAUCAAACUAACUACUCUAGUAGCAGGGUGUAG